AUGCUUUCCCUCCCAGACCUCCUCACCGCGCUCUCGCAUCCCUCUUCCUGGCCCACCACCGCCUGGGUCCUCAUAUUGACCGCCGCUGCCUACGCCACCGGCUCUUCGUGCCUCGCCGGCCGCCCUGCCUUUCCCCUCAAGGCCCCGCCCGUCUUCGCUGCUUGGCCCGUCGUCGGCGCCUUGCGAUUCUUCUCUGAUCGCAAGGCCUUUCUCGAGGAGAUUGCCGGCGCGAGUGCCUCGGGCCAGGGAGCUUCUACUAUGGCAAGCACAGGAUCUAGGGACUUGGAUAUCGAUGGCGGCUACUCGACCCUCUUCAACGCCGCCCCAGAGGUGACCACUGAAGAGCGUGUCCAGCUUGGCACCCGAAUCCGCAAGCUCGUCUACCAGCUGACUAUGCGCACCGUGGGUUGCGCCGAGAUCGCCGGCGACCCCGCUCUGCUAGCCGAGACCCUUGCCAUUUUUGAGGGCAUCGACUCGGCUGGUGCCGGUGGCAAGCUGCUCGUCCCCUCAUGGAUGACUACCCCGGGCCACCUACGUAGGCUGUGGGCGGGCACCAAGAUGUACCUCUUGUUCAAGAAGAUUAUCGACGCGCGCGCUAGAGACGGAGUUAGGCAUGAUGAUCCGCUGCAGGUGCUGAUUGAUCAGAAGUGGGAUGUGAAGGACAUUAUCGCGGUCGUCAUCGCCGCCCUCUUCGCCGGCCAGGUCAAUUCGGGCUAUAACGCCGCUUGGCUCCUUUGUUACCUCGGCCAGAACACCCGCUGGCGUGAUCUCAUACGCGACGAGGUCGACAAUGUCAUCCGCCGCCACCGCUCCUCACCAGAACAGUCCCCCGCCGAUGUCCUCUCGACCCUAAACUUUGACGAUUGGGAGGUUGAGUUUCCCCUGCUCGAUAUAGCCCUACGUGAGACAAUCCGCCUCACCAUUGUCGGCUGCGGGUUCAGGCAGAACUCGAGUGACCGAGACGUCGUGAUUGGGGAGACGGGCGAGAUUGUGCCAGCUGGUGCUUUUGCGGUCUACUUGUUCGACGAUGUCCACCUAAAUCCCAAUGUUUACAAGGACCCUGAAACGUGGGACCCCGAUCGAUUCCUCGAGGGCCGCGCAGAGGAUAAAAGGCUAGCGCCCACGGCUACAUUGGCUGGGGUAGCGGCCGCCAUCCGUGUUUUCGCCAAGCUCGAGAUGGCCGCCAUGAUCUCCAUGUUUGUCGCCCACUUUGAUUACCACCUCGUUGAUGCCCAGGGCGCGCCCAUCACUGCGACGCCAGACCUAUUUGACCGAUCUAAGCACCAGGUUCACAGACCCACGAAGCCAGUUUUGGUCAAGUAUCAGUUGAGGGAGGGCGUGCGUGUGUAG